UAUUAAACCUGUCAACGAAGAAGAAGAAGUUAAAGGAGGUAGAAAAAAGUGGUCAAGGGUCAAUUGUUAGUGCUAACACCAAACCACCGAAUAAAGAAUGUGAUAUCACACCAAGCAACAAAUAUCCAUCUUCUACAAGCAAAAAGAACAAUGACCAAGCAAUUGAUAACAAUCUCAAAACAAAUUACUAUCAAAUAGACAAACCAUUAAUAAUCAAUCAUAACAAAACUGUUGAUUCUGAUGAUGAUGUAAUACCUCCUACACCUUCACCUGGAAUAAGGAGCUUCAUAAGACCUUCCUCUUUGAUUGAAUAUAACAAAGAAAAAGCACAAUCUAGUUGUACCAGUUUAAAACUAAAGAAAAUGAUUGAUAGAAAAGAAAGAUUUGUUAACAUAUCAAAACAUGUUUCUCUGAAAAGCAAAGAAUCUUCAAAGAUUCAUGGCAUGAUUUGUGAAGCUGGUGAUUUGUUGCUAGAAGAAAAUGAUGGAAGCCAAAGUGCACUGGUUAGCGAAGUAAAUGCUGACCUGCUACUUGAGGAAAUUACAUCUGAUAUUCCACCUACCAGGAUUAUGCAGUUCAAAAGGACAUCAGGAAGUAACAACUCCAAAUGUAAAACCUCUCUAUCUAAUAAAAAAUCUUUGAAAGUUACAAAGAAAGCAAAACCUAACAUGAAUAUGGACUGUGCUGACUCAACUGUCAAUAGUGUAGAAGCUACAGUGCUUGCUGACAGCAAUACACCAACACUUGCACCGCAAAAGAUAGUCAUGAAGAAAGCUAAGGCAAAAUCUCUCAAGCGCUCAGCAUCCAAAGGCUGGUCACCAUCAAGCAAGAGGCAUCAAGGUGAUCACACUCUUGGUUAUUCUCAGGAUGUCAAAAAACAAAAGCAAGAAGAUGAAAGCUUUGAUUGCCAUUUUGAUGAAGAUGACCAAACUAUGGCAGCAYUUUAUGGAGCUGGACUACUAUCAACACCAACAAAMACUGUACAAACUAGGUCAUUAGGCAGCAAUGAACAAUCUAAAGAAAUUGAGGAUAUGGUUUCUCACAGCAGUGAAAAGUCUCUGAAUGAUGGUUCCCUUGAUGGUAUUGAUAGUGAGUUYUUGAAGACUUCACCACCUAAAGAAACAGUUAUAUCAGAURAAAAGACUCCUAYCAAAGAAUAUGACAGACAUUUGAUMAAURACAUAUCAUUAGUUACUCCCACUAAGAAUUCACCCAAUGUAUCACGUGAUAGCUUAUUAGGAGUAGAGAUUGAUGGUUUGAUGGAUGGCUUGGAAUGGUCUCCUUUACCAAAGAAAAUAAUACCAAGGAAUAAAUUAUUUGAGGAAUAUACUCCCCACUCUACCCCCUACUGUCGUUUUUUGGUUCUUGAGGUAUAUAGAUGCGAAGCAAACAAUGCAGAGGCUAUGUCUAAAUAUGGGCGUGUCCUGUCUGAGAAGGUUUUAAGGUUGUUUGAUGAGAGCCAGUCUGUAGAGUGGUAUUGUUACUUGAGACAGGAUUGGGAAAUGACUGAAGUGGAGCCUGGGGAUGUUGUUCAUGUAACAGGAGAAUUUGAUAUGACAUCAAGGGUUUGUAUCCUUGACAACAAAACUGACCAAUACCUUGUUGUCCAUCCUGAUACAUUGGUUUCUGGGACAACUGUCGCUGGGGCAACACGWUGUUURCGCAGGAGUAUUCUUAAUGAAAGGUUUCGCACAGAAAACACCAAUGAAGCCAUGUUGAUGGGCACAAUACUCCAUGAGUUGUUUGACAAUGCCAUGCAGUCCAAUGAAUUCUCCACUGAAUAUCUAAUCUCACAGGCAAAAUCCCUUCUAGAGCAGCACUCUUACUUGGACUCCUUGUUUAGUCUUGGCAUGACAGAGGUUACUGCUAUGGACAAAAUCAGUGCUAUUAUACCAGAGUUUUCUAAAUGGGCUAAGCAAUACAUACACUCAACUCCAGAACCUGACCUAGGCGUUAUGGAUUAUAAGACAGCAUCAGAGWCUUCAGAUACCCAGGAAMAACCCAGUGUUUGUAUAGCAGAAUUAAAAGACAUUGAAGAGAAUGUUUGGUCUCCRAGGUUUGGCCUGAAAGGUAAAGUUGAUGCAACUGUCGAAGUUAAAAUUGAUCGUCGUCCGAAGAUUCGGCGACAUAGACCCGACAAAGAUAACGCGAUCCAGUCGUGUAUUGUGCCAUUAGAGUUAAAAACGGGCAAGGUUUUCUCCAAAUUAGGUUCAGUCGAUCACCGCGCACAAGUUAUCCUGUACACAUUACUUCUGUCUGAUCGCCACCGUCAUGCUGUCAACUCUGGUCUUCUGUACUACAUGAAGUCAUCCCACAUGGUUGGAGUACCAGCACUGAUCCAUGAGAAACGAGCAUUGAUCAUGCGCCGUAAUGAAGUAGCGCGAUACCUGUCUCUUGGUCGAACCACUGGUGGACGCCAGAUGCCCGGGAUGCUAAAAGAUGCGCACACGUGUAACCGCUGUUCACAAGCCAACAACUGCACUUUGUUUCACAAAUCCCUYGAAAAUGGUGAUCACGUGACCAGCGGUCUUGGUGAUGACUUUAUCAAACUCACCCAACACUUGACGUCAGAUCAUACUCGGUUCUUUUCUGAUUGGUUUAAACUGRUUUGCCUCGAGGGUAAAGAAGUGCAGCAAUCUGGUAAAACAAGUCAACACCAUAUAUGGAGCUUGAAAGGACUGGAACGAGAAACACUCGGUCAAUGCUUCAGCGGACUAGUGCUGUCAUCACGUGAUCCUCAAUUGGACAGUGAUAAAAUGCAUGUUCACAAGUUUAAACGAUCAGCGGAUAGUCCAAUUAAUACUCCUUUUGUGGAGAUUCCGCUGAACUCUGGUGACCGUGUCGUGGUCAGYGAAGAAGAAAGCUCUUCUAUUGCUAUAGCUGCAGGUUACAUUCGUCAUGUCGAAUCACUUGAGGUUACUGUCUCUCUUGAUAGAGAUCUGUUGAAAAGCUACAGAUCUACAUCAAAUAGUCAACAAACCCCUAUCUACCGUCUUGACAAGAACGAUGGCUACAACACCCUUACUACACUUUGGUCAAACAUAGCGAAAUUACUUCAUAACGACACGACAAGAAACGAAGAACUUCGACAAUUGAUUAUUGAUUUGAAGCCUCCGGUCUUCUGUCGCAGCCGGCAAGCGCUUAUUAAUUUCACUAGCCAGGUUUCCACAGGAACCAGUAGUCAAGAUACUCAACUGUCUAACAGCUCUCAGACUCCCAAACCAUCAAUAUACCGUGACAUUGUGACAGAGUCUCACAUGGAAGGUUUGAACAUUGAUCAAAAAAGAGCGAUUAUGAAAGUACUUUGUGCGGAGGACUACACCUUAAUAUUAGGCAUGCCAGGUACUGGAAAAACCACUACUAUUGCUUGCCUUGUUCGUAUCCUGGUAAAUAGAGGAAAGUCGGUAUUACUUACCAGCUAUACACAUACUGCAGUAGACAACAUUUUACUUAAACUCAAACAGGAUAAUGUCGACUUUCUUCGACUGGGUCAAGUACAUAAAAUGCUGCCUGAAAUCCAACCUUACUCCACCCAAGUAGCGGGGGCUCAUGCCAAGACUGUCAAUCACCUGAAAGAGUUCUACAUGUCAAAGAAUGUUGUGGCCACCACGUGUUUAGGAAUGAACCACGCCCUSUUCUCUCAGAGGUCGUUUGAUUACUGUAUAGUUGAUGAAGCAUCCCAGAUUACAUUGCCGGUGUGCUUAGGUCCACUGCACCAUGCUAGUGUMUUUGUGUUGGUUGGUGAUCAUUAUCAACUUCCUCCACUCGUACAAAGCCUUGAAGCCAGAGAGGGUGGCAUGGAUAUCAGUCUAUUCAAGCGUCUAUCAGAGCACCAUCCCCAAGCCAUGGUGUGUCUAGAGCAUCAAUAUCGUAUGAACCAGGAUAUCAUGACAYUGUCCAACAAUCUUAUCUACGAAAACCGUCUGAAAUGUGGCACCGAACAAGUCGCUAACACUGUCCUGUGUAUACCAMAGUGGAACAAGCUUGUGUCGAUGUUCAAAGGACUUGAUGGUUCAGAUACURGUGAAAACUGGUUGUUGAAAGCAUUAGAGCCCAAGCAAUCGGUACUAUUCCUUAACACGGACAAUGUUCCUGGCUACGAGUCGCGCAAGGAAGGACUGGUGUCUAAUGAGACAGAAGCAGUGAUAGUACAACAGUUGACGUGCGCAUUACAGAUUGGUGGUGUGGAACUUUCGUCAGUUGGUAUAAUCUCGCCCUACCGACAUCAAUUGAAAUUGAUAAGAGAGGCUCUUGGACAAGACCCGCGGGAUUCCCGCAGCACCCUCGAGAUUAACACAGUGGACAAGUAUCAAGGACGAGACAAAGCCUGUAUUAUUGUGUCUCUUGUACGAAGCAACGAAUCCUCUUCCGUCGGAGACCUUCUAAAGGACUGGAGACGAGUGAAUGUAGCCGUGACACGUGCCAAGUCGAAACUGAUUUUGAUUGGUUCGUUGAGUACUUUAAAGGCAAGUCUGUUGCUAAAUGAAUUAUUGGAUUUGGUUCAGAGAAAGAAUUGGAUUUUUGACCUGCAAAAAGAUGCUCAUAAAAYGUAUGUCGAYAUGGAACACGCCGCGAGGAAAGUGUCCUUGCUAUAAAAAUGUCUGUCCAUCCRGUUAUCAUGAAUGAGACCGAUGAUUAUCUUUCUGUCAUCUGUGAAUGUUGACGCACAAAAGAGCGGGAAAACGUUUGCUCAAAAAGAUGACAAAAUGAAAAAUUCUUCCUGAAUCAAAUUAAGUGAAAAACAAGACACAUUUUCUCAUCUUAACAAGUACAUACAAYCUUGUUAUGAAACGUUCUCGUGUACAUGCUGGCUUGGAAUCCAGGGGGAGGUUGCAGGGAUGCUAUUUUUCUUCUAUCUAUUUUUACAAUACGUUUUUGUUACACUCCCCCCUGAUUUUUACCUUAGGUAGUACUGGAUUCUGAAAUUCGUUUAGUCUUGUAACGAAAUCAAAACAUAUUUGUGGUGCUUGUAAACUGUUAUUUUAUAUUUUCAUAUAUCUCUAUAUUCAUACAAUGUUUUGRCCAAUGGUGUUUAUUCAAAACGGUCAAAUAUCCAAAAACGUCAGUUGGACAGACUAGUAUUAAUCCCAUCAAACAGAUUACCAAGGAUAAAUAUAAAUCAAAUUGGUACAAAAGAAAGACUAGCUAUAACUGUAAUUAUAUUUCAUGGACUUUAGACUCUACAAUAGAGUUUUGAUAUCCCCUAAGGGGAUGGUUUAUUAUUGCUAUGACUUUUGUARAUAUACUGAUAAUUUCUAUCGGUCUAUACUUCAUGAUUGACUACGUUGAGCAUCCAUUAGUAAUGUUGUUGUAAUUGCUACGAGUGGUUUACUUUAGUAGGAUGACAUGAAGUACUAUGCCAGCAGUAUUUUUCAAAUGGUGUAGUUUGUACUGUAGAUGUUGGUAAAAAAAGCUAAGCUUAAACGAGAAAUUUUGUUGAAAAAUGCUUUUUUUAGAGAAAAGUGAACCGCAGAUAUUGCUUUUGCAUCAAUAUUCGUCAGUUUAUUUCUCAAAAUGUAGGCUGUCUCGGCAUUGUUUCGGGCACCAAGUGCCAUAUUUCAUUAAUAUAUGAUAUUUUUCCAAUAAAG